GCCCGACGUGGACGCGGCCGCCGCCGCCGCGCGGGAGUCGCUGUCCGCGGAGCCGACAUGCAGGCGGCGCGGGGCGGCGCGGGGCGGCCGGGCCGGGCGGGCCGCGGGCCGGAUCGCGGGCGCCAGCGGCCGCCGGGAGCCGGAGCCGCGUCCCCCUGCGCCGCCCCGGGCCGGCCGGCCGCCGCCGCCGCCAUGCACCGCCUCUGGCUGGGCUGCGUCUGCCUCGCGCUGGUGCAGGCGGACAGCCCCUCCGCCCCAGUGAACGUCACUGUCAGGCACCUCAAGGCCAACUCGGCGGUGGUGAGCUGGGAUGUCCUGGAGGAUGAGGUUGUCAUCGGAUUCGCCAUCUCUCAGCAGAAGAAGGACGUGCGGAUGCUGCGCUUCAUCCAGGAGGUGAACACCACCACCCGCUCCUGCGCCCUCUGGGACCUGGAGGAGGACACGGAGUACAUCGUGCACGUGCAGGCCAUCUCCGUGCAGGGCCAGAGCCCGGCCAGCGAGCCCGUGCUCUUCAAGACGCCGCGGGAGGCCGAGAAGAUGGCCUCCAAGAACAAAGAUGAGGUGACCAUGCAGGAGAUGGGGCGGAACCAGCAGCUGCAGACGGGCGAGGUGCUGAUCAUCGUGGUUGUCCUGUUCAUGUGGGCCGGCGUCAUCGUCCUCUUCUGCCGCCAGUAUGACAUUAUCAAGGACAACGAGCCCAACAACAACAAGGAAAAAACCAAGAGCGCGUCCGAAACCAGCACACCAGAGCACCAAGGCGGGGGGCUUCUCCGCAGCAAGAUAUGAAACCUUUUCAGUGCUGGCUCUGGGCAGCUCAGAAGACAGUGGAGAAUGUGAGAGGAUCUCAUGGUUCAGGCGAUGAUACCCAGCAAACAUCUGGCCCUCUCCGCAUUUCCUCCGCCCCCAUACCCUCACACCCUCCGGCUUACUGUCCUCUCCCUCGGCUUCCCUCUUUCUGGCGCAUUUUCCUGAAGCCUCUUAUUAACCCCCAUCUCCAGAAGCACCGCAACCAUGGCAGUGGCUGAGGCUGUGCUGAGGCAGAUCUGCAGGACGUGAGCACCAGCCGGCAGGAUGGCUCUGCUGGGGGUGACGGGGCCCGGGGCAGUGGGCCCAGGACCCAGUCUUGGCUGUUCAGCUGAGUGAGCUGAAGGCUGGGUCUGAGAUGGCAGAGACAAGACGUGCAGGCAGGCUGCUCCUUUCCUCCACGGGGGACAAGAGCCUGCCUGGCUCUCCAGCUCCCUUCCUCCUCUUGUCCUCUGUUUGCAACCUUGCGAGAAGUCUAUUCAGUCAGCCCUGGCCGCUUCUCUCAUUUUUCCUCCCAGUUUCCAAACAAGCUCUUGGUGAUCAUCAUUGAAGCGUGACUACCUGUCUACAGGGAGAAGGAUUUCAUUUUUCUUCUCUGCUGGUCCCCAGGUCCACGGGCACAGGGAGGGGAGGACUGCAGUGGAGGGGAGCUACGGCUAGCUGCACAGUUCUCUCCCCCCGAUGUCCUAGUCUGCUGAAGGAGACUGAACUACAAACCCAAAUUCUGCAAAAAAAAUAAACAAGCCACAAAACGAGUCCCGGCCCCAUUCUGGAAAAGGCAAAGCUGCAUGAGACACGGCCUUCUGCCUGCCUCCUCUCGUCUCCCGGACGGCCUUCCUCUCUGAGGAGAUGCACAAAGCUGCUGGGAGAGGACAAGCACCGAGACUGACUUCGGCUCUUUCAGACCAAGAGCCGGUCGGGAAGCCGUGGAGCCUUUUCUGGAUUCAGCCAUUAAGGACUUGUUUGUGGUGCGAUGCACAACUUUGUGUGUGUGUGUGUGUGUGAGAUUUAUCUGUUUUGUCUCUUGGAAAACACAAUUGAAGGGCUUCAUUCCAGAGGGCCAGAGGGACUCCCGGAGCUGGUUGCCUGCACCUUCUAUCUUUUUUGGCUCUUAUUUUGACUGUAAGACCAUCAGUCUGGGGUUUAAGAAAAAGUAGGAAAGACAGCUGGAAGGUAUUGGCCCCAUUUCUUUAGGAAAAUCUCCUGUUGUGACAACAGUGCUGACGAGGACAACGGAAAGGCACAUUCCCGUGGGACAUCCCGAGGACCGCUAAGUCACCGGGCUGCGGUGGAAGCUGCUGGAAGGCAGGCCUGAGCCACCCAUUCAGAGCAGCCGUGGCCUCUGGGGUCUUCAUAUCUUGCAUCUCAUCCAGGGUUCUGCGAAAGCUACCCAGGGUCCUCAUGUCCUUCCCUAGAGCCGGUGUGGUGUGAGGUGACAGGUCUUUCUCCACUGCCCCUUUCUGGUAAAAAACAAAAACAAAAACAA